CACUUCAAACAUACACUUUCUUAAAAUUGCUCUAAUGAAUGUUAUCAAAACAUAUCAAAACAUCUGUUUGGAAACUCACACACAACUUGUUCAGGAUAAUAAAGUCUCAUUUAUCUCAGUAAUUUCCAAACACAUGCAUUUUUGCUAAAACCCUAUUAUUUAAAACUUAAUUGAAAAUGAAGCUUAUCGCUACUCUUGAAAAGAAGGCUAUUAUGAUUGGAUAAAUUAUGUUGCGUUCCAUUUACCUUGGAGGUCAGAGCUGGGAAUGUCGUCAUACCCGAGUUGAUUGUGUUCCAGUACAAGUCAGAAAACCAAGAUGUUGUAAGCAAUACCAGUUCUAGCCAGAUCAGCUAUAGUUAGUAAUAUCACUUGAUAACGACUCAUUAUGUUGUAUUUUGCUUUGCAUACCCAAACACUGUAGCAACAUGUCUACAGACAGAAAUUGGACAACUGUUUUAAUAAGACACAUAUAAGACAAGGGUUAAUAGACAGCUUUUACUACUGUAGACGUGCAGAGCAGCCAUCUUGGAUCCUCAGAUCGGGGUUGGUGAGGUUCCUCUCACUUUUCGAGUCAGAAAUCCAACUGCAGACUGGGGACUUGGAAAUUUCAACUUCCUAGUGCAAAUGGAAUGCACCAGGAGACUUGGAUUAUAGAGUGCUCCAGGGAUACGUUUUUCUGUAAGCAGAUGAGGAAGUUAGCGUUGCCAUGGUUCCCUUGUCAAAAAGCCUAAAGGAUUUUGGAUUUUGGAUCAUUGCAGAAAAUAAGCUCUGUGGCAAACAUACGUUUAUUAUAUUUACAGGUUUUGUUCAGCAAGAUAAUCUUCACAAAUGACCACCAUUUUAUGAUUUUUGGAGCAUAAAUGCAACUGCCAGAAGUAAAAAGUUAACAUUAGGAUAUAAACAAACUACACUACAGUCACAUGAUUUAACAACCCUACACAACGAGACUGUUCAGCCAUGUGCCACAUGAUGACGUUCUGUAGUCUCAUUUAGCCACUUGUUAGCACAACCUAUUUUAAGACACAUAAAACCUUCAAAAUCAGCACAUCAUAGAAGAAAAUGUGAAAGAUUCUCAAGCAUGUGUUAACCACAGACCUUAUUUGAGGCAUAUACCCAAAAAAACCCUUUCAAAAACAUAUUGACUUCAAGACAGGGAAACCAGGGGCGCUAAAGUGCUACCUCAUUUUUGUGUUUUAGGACUCUCCUGGGGCACUCUAUACUGCAAGAGUUGUUAAACAGAUGUUAGGUUGAUCAUUUUGCUGUUGUUAAAGGCAGACCCCUAUGACUGAAGAAUUUUCUUCGUUUUUGGAUUAUUCGUUCACUAAAAGCAUGUGACAAAAACAAAAAAUUCUUCACAAAUUCACCCCAACAUGGUGUGAGUAUCUGAUCUACAAAUGGUCAUUAAAGGGAUGAAGUGUUCCUUUAAGGAAAAUUUUUAAAAGGCCUACAAAAAACAGUCUGCAAUUUAUCUUGGAUUUAAUUAUUAUUGAAUUAUAAAUUUGGAGCUUUGCAAGAAGAUGUAUACAUAAGUUUAGUGGUACCAUCUAUUAGAGACUUUUUAAUAUAAUAAUCCCAAAACAAGACAUCAGGUUCAUUAAAUUCAGUUAGUUUAGAGAAAACAGGCAGGUUGAGAAAUGUCUUUAUAGAAGUGGACAGGGUCAUUUACAGAACAGAAGGACCAAAUGGUCUUGUGUACAUCCUUGAAAUCACUGCACCGCUUUUUACAUCUCUCCAUCCAUCUGCGUGUCAGCCUGCAGUGCAACCGACCUCUAUUUUCUACGGCUAUUUUUAUUAUUGUUGUCAUUGGUAAACACCACACAUCUACCUACCCAGAACGUCUCCCCAUUGGUUUACCGGGUUGUCUGUCGCAGUACUUCCGUCCGUUUGGCCGGUUUUGAUUGGCCGAUCUUCCUCUUUUUUUUCCUCUUCUUCGCGGCGGUGGGUCGGAGCCGCUGUGUCCCCGGUCUGGCACGUUCCUAGCCAAAUUCUCCACGGUGUAAAAUUGGAUUCCCCCUUUUUCACAAAAACAAAAAAUAACCCCCUUUCAAUUCCCUGUAACCGCUUAUACGUUUCCGCUCAACACACACCUCCAAAUCUCCACCAGAUACCUCUGAAGAUGGCGGUGGUAAGCGGGAUGUCGGGGUCGGCUGUAGCCCGGCUGGAGGGCCGAGAAUUCGAGUAUCUGAUGAAGAAAAGGUCGGUGACCAUCGGCCGGAACUCCUCGCAGGGUUCGGUGGACGUAAGCAUGGGACACUCCAGCUUCAUCUCCCGGCGGCACCUCGAGAUAUUCACCGCGGGAGAAGAUGGCACCGGCACGGGGGAAUUCUAUCUCCGAUGCCUCGGAAAAAACGGGGUGUUUGUUGAUGGGGUGUUCCAGAGAAGAGGGGCGCCACCUCUUCAGCUCCCACGAAUGUGUUGUUUCCGGUUCCCCAGCACAAGUAUAAAGAUCACGUUCACAGCCCUGUCCAAUGACAAGAAGGAGCCAAGGAACGUGCCGGAAUCACCGGUCAAGCCCGUCCAACCCCAAAUUUCCCCACUGACCAUCAACAUUCCAGACAACAUCGCCCACCUCAUGAGCCCACUGCCUUCACCCACUGGCACCAUCAGUGCGGCAAACUCUUGUCCAUCAAGUCCGCGGGGGGCGGGACUCUCCAGCUACAGGACAAGCCGUGUUCUGGCCUCCGACCUAAUAGGAGACAACUCUCAAUCUGAAAACGAUAAAGAGGCCUCAGGUGAAGACAGCCCAAAGGAUGACUCCAAACCUCCGUAUUCAUAUGCACAACUAAUAGUCCAAGCUAUCACCAUGGCCCCAGAUAAGCAGCUCACCCUGAAUGGAAUAUACACCCACAUCACCAAGAACUACCCCUACUACAGAACAGCUGAUAAAGGCUGGCAGAACUCAAUCCGCCACAACCUGUCCCUGAAUCGGUACUUCAUCAAAGUGGCCCGCUCUCAGGAGGAGCCAGGCAAAGGCUCCUUUUGGAGGAUCGACCCCGCCUCUGAGGGCAAGCUGAUAGAACAAGCCUUCAGGAAGCGCAGGCCGAGGGGAGUGCCCUGCUUUAGGACCCCAGUGGGACCUCUCUCCUCCAGGAGCGCUCCAGCUUCUCCCAGCCACACAGGGGCACUGUCUGCCCACUCCAGUGGGGUCCAAACCCCAGACAGCCUGUCCAGAGAGGGGUCCCCUGUCCCCAUGGAGCCAGAGCCAACCCCACCACCAGCCCCCACCCAAACCACUACAGUCCAGCCCAAACUCGCUGUCAUCCAAGAGGCCCGCUUUGCACAGAACUCCCCUGGCUCCCCCCUCAACAACCAGCCAGUAUUGAUCGCCGUGCAGCGCCAAAUGCCUCAAACGACCAUGAAGCCUGUGACCUACGCCAUGGCGUCGCCAGCCAUUGUAACAACAUCAGUUAGCUCCGCCCCCGUCAUGCAGACGGUGCACGUCGUCCACCAGAUCCCAGCAGUCACCAUGGCAACUGUUGCCGGACCGCCGACUGCUACAGUGAGCCCAGAACCUCAGGAGAAUGGAGGGGGAGAGCACCAAGAGAUCAAACUCAAAGUGGAGUCGGUCCCAUCCAUCACAGCCGCGUCUAUAGGUGGAGUCAGCCGCAUCAUCCAGAGCUCUCAGGCUGCUCCUCUGACGACAGUAACCAUUGUGCAACAAGCCCCGCUCGGUCAGCACCAGCUUCCAAUAAAGGCCAUCACACAGAACGGGACACAUCUGGUCCCCAUCAGCACUGCUGCUAGCACAGCUGCUGCAAAUCCUCUUCACCUCCUGGCGGCCCACGCCUCAGCUUCAGCGUCCCUGCCUACCAAGAGGCAGAACGGAGAACUGCAAGACCAGCCCCAAUCAAAGAGGGUGAAAACGGAAGAGGAAGAGGAAGGUGACGCAGCAGCUGCCAACAACACCACCACCACCACCAAUAACGGCACCACGGACAGAGCCGGAGAAGAAGGGGUCAGUGAACAGAUCGGUGACAAGUAGCCUCCCUCCCCGGUCUGCAUCCUGACCCCUGCUCUCCUGUACGCAUUGAGCCUCACACCUUCCACACUCUCACCCCCUCCAUCAUCUACUCCAAGGUGCCAAAAGCAGAAGAGAUGCGGAAAACACCUGCAGGACUACAGAAUGUUCAAAACCCUCCUCCUCAACCCCUCAAAUCCUCUUCCAUAUAUUUAAGACCACGAAAUACGAUGCAAAAACUAAAGACCAAAUUUAAAAAUGGAAUCAAAGAGUUGCUGAUGACUGUGAAUCCCUGAAGCUCGAGACCCAGAUGGCAAGAAGAAGCACAGGAAGAAAAGAACAGAUUGAAAAAUCCAGAUUUCCAGAUCAAAAGUGACUUACUGGACAAGCGAGGAAUCCCGAAAGGAGCCUCAUCCUGGUAGCAUUACAGACAAGCGCUUUACUGUGUGUCGGACAGAGAGAGAGAGCAACCAAGUGAAAUCACCAGUAGUGUAUUCCGCAAAGGGAAGCGUGUGUACGUACGUGUGGACAUUCCCAUCUUCGGCAGCUAGCCUCCAUGUCGACCUACCUAACCCAGUCGUGAGUAGAUAUGCAGUAUUCCGUUGUACAAGUGUAUCUUUGGAUCUUUUUUGAGUGUUUCUCCGUUUCCCAAGGCACAGAUACUAUCUAGUAAUAAUUAAGAUAACUAAAAGCUAUAAGUGGGGUCUUUAAGAACAUUUAAACAUCACAUGAUAUUUUGGGAAUCCUUUUUUUUUUUGGUUGUUUUUGUAUGUGGACUCUUUGUUCAGUGAAAUGAAUGUAGUCUCCUUUUUCCUUUUUAAAGAAAACACUAUCUAUUGAGUGGAUGUUCGUUUUUUUCUGCUCAUUCAUGCAAAUGAAAUUUCUUUAUCACUGUACAUCGACAGAUUUUUUUCAUAUUUUACAAAUAUCCUAUGAGAUAAAAAAGUAUAUUCCCAUGCGUAUUUGACCAUAUGCUUCAUCAAGCUUGCAUGUUACGGAUCUAGAGACAAUGUACUUGAGCAGAUUAUCUGAAUAUGGAACUGAAGAAAAUUUAGACUGAAUCUACGCUAUAUGAUUCUGACCAGUGCUGCACUUAACCCUCUUAGUUGUUGUUUUUUUUCUCCCCCCUUUUGUAUUUUCAUUUGCUCUGUUUCCCCCCACCCCGUCAUCAUGGGCUGUGUUUGUUACCUUUGUGUUGAAGUUGGCAACUCUUUGCUUGAUUAUUUUAUUCUGUUAAGGCUACUAAAGAGUCUAUUCAGAUUGUAUUCUAUGUUACACGAGGAAAAACAAGUGAUAGGUGUUCGUUCUGCUUCAGUGGGUAAAUGCUUUUUUUUAUAAAUUUAUUUAAACACAUAA